GAAUGUUUUUUGCUUUGACAGGACGAGGAGGCGAGGAGGCGAGGAGGAGGUGAGGGAUGCUGUCGCUGCCGCGUGAGAGCGCCUCACCAGCCGACGUGGGCUCCGUGACGCUGGGACACCUUGUUCUCCGGGACAGGAACGUAGAGAAGGUGCUGUGUGUUUUCCAGGCGCGAGCAUGAAGGUGUCAUUGCUAAGAUGACCUUUCAUCAUCGUCAUCAUCACAGCUCCUUUUCCGUCUCCAUCUUUUGAGAGCUUCUCCAAGCAGCAGGAAGGUUAAGCACAUGGCAGAGAUGCCGUCCAGCUGACUGUCAGGAUGGGAGACGGGGGCUGGGUGUGUCUCAGCCCGGCUGAGUUCCAGCAGUUGCAGCAGUACAGCCGCUACUCCACCAAGACGCUGAAGGAUGUUCUGGAGGAGUUCCACGGUGAAGGAGUCCUGGCCAAGUACAACCCCGAGCAGCCCAUCGACUACGAGGGCUUCCAGCUCUUCAUGACCACCUACCUGGAGAACCACAUCCCCGACCUGCUGUGUCAGCACCUUUUCACCUCCUUCAAGUGCAAGACGGCAGCACACUCCCCCGACCACCUGCAAGCACCGGGGACUACACUGGGCGUGAAUGGUAAAAGGCUUCUGUCUGCGAUGGCUCGACGCCCCCCCGAACAUGCCGGCAGCACGGGGGCCACCACCUCCCUGUGUUCCUCUCGCUCCUCCUCACAGAGGUCCAGAAACGGGGCCCACACUCCUGGAGGGUCGCACCACUCCCCGUCUAGUCAGGUGAAAGCCUCCCAAAGCAGAAAUAACGUCCCGACCCCCAACGCUGGCCCCGCCAGGUCGCCCGUGUCGCCCCCCAAACUUUCCCCUGAGAGAAGCGUUUGUGAGGAACAUCUCUCCCUGCCAAGGAGCCCGGAGCAGCCCCAGCCCCAGCCCCAGGGGGUCUUCCUCAAGGACAUUGUCUGCUACCUGUCCCUCCUGGAACGUGGGACGCCAGAGGACAAGCUGGAGUUCAUGUUCCGCCUCUACGACACAGACGGCAACGGGGUCCUGGACAGCUCUGAGCUGGACCGCAUCAUCAACCAGAUGGUGCACGUGGCCGAGUAUCUGGAGUGGGAUUCCACAGAAUUACGACCGAUUCUUAAGGAAAUGAUGGAGGAGAUCGACUAUGACCGAGAUGGAACCGUCACGCUGGAGGAAUGGAUCCGAGGAGGCCUGACCACCGUUCCUUUACUGGUCCUGCUGGGCAUGGACACGAACGUUCAGGAGGACGGCCAGCACGUUUGGCGUCUCAAGCACUUCAACAAGCCGGCCUACUGCAACUUGUGUCACACCAUGCUGCUGGGCGUACGCAAGCAGGGCCUCUGCUGCUCCUUAUGCAAGUACACCGUGCACGAGCGAUGCGCGUCCAAGGACAUCCCCGCCUGCAUUAGCACCUACGCUAAGUCUCGCAGGAACACCAACGCCAUGCAGCACGUGUGGAUGGAGGGCAACUCCCCCACCAAGUGUGACCGGUGCCACAGGAGCAUCAAGUGUUACCAAGGCCUGACUGGCCUGCAUUGUGUGUGGUGCCACAUCACUCUCCACAACAAGUGUGCGUCUCACAUCAAGGCUGAGUGUGACGGAGGAGCCUUGAAGGACCACACCCUACUUCCAUCUUCCAUCUGUCCCGCCGUCCUGGACCGUCAGUCUGUGGUCAAACGUAGCGAGGAGGACUCGCCACCUUGCACCGGCCCGGGUGAUACCCCGCCCCAGGUCAUGAAGUUCUCCCCAGGAGAUGGACAGGCGCUGCAGAUCUCCCCCCUCCCAGGCAGCCACCCCCUGCUGGUACUGGUCAACCCCAAGAGUGGGGGGAGACAAGGGGAACGGGUUCUCAGGAAGUUCCGCUACCUUCUGAACCCACGGCAGGUGCACAGCCUGGAGCAAGGUGGCCCUGCUGUCAGGCUCAACUUCUUCCACGAUGUCCCGGACUUCCGGGUGCUGGCGUGCGGCGGUGACGGCACGGUGGGCUGGAUCCUGGACUGCAUAGACAAGGCCAACUUGGCCCACCACCCCCCGGUGGCCAUCCUCCCGCUGGGGACGGGGAACGACCUGGCACGCUGUCUCUGCUGGGGGGGAGGUUACGAAGGCGGCAGCCUGCUGAGGUUCCUGCGGGACAUUGAGCACAGCAGCGAGGUGGUGCUGGACCGCUGGAACAUCCACAUCCUGCCCGACGACAAGGAGGACAAGGGCGACCCGGUGCCCUACAACAUCAUCAACAACUACUUCUCCAUCGGCGUGGAUGCUUCCAUCGCUCAUCGCUUCCAUCUGAUGAGAGAAAAGCACCCUGAGAAGUUCAACAGCAGGAUGAAGAACAAGCUGUGGUACUUUGAGUUGGGCACCACCGAGAGCAUCUCCGCCACCUGCAAGAAGCUCAACGAGGGUGUGGAAGUGGAGUGUGACGGCGUGACGCUGGACCUGAGCGGCGCGUCGUUGGAGGGCAUCGCCGUGCUCAACAUUCCCAGCAUGCACGGCGGCUCCAACCUUUGGGGGGAAACCAAGAAGAGGAGGAACUACAAGCGCAUGAGCAAGAAGCUUCCUGACAGGACGCCCGGCGGCGCCGUCACCGACCCCAAAGAACUCAAGUUCUGCGUGCAAGACUUCAGCGACCGGCUGCUGGAGGUGGUGGGCCUGGAGGGCGCCAUGGAGAUGGGUCAGAUCUACACGGGGCUGAAGAGCGCCGGACGCCGGCUGGCUCAGUGCGGCGUCGUCACCAUCAGGACGUCCCGGCGACUCCCCAUGCAGAUUGACGGCGAGCCGUGGAUGCAGCCACCGUGCACGAUCAGGAUCACACACAAGAACCAGGUCCCCAUGUUGCUGGGUCUGCCCCAGAAGACCCCCUUUGUGUUUUUCAAGAGACGCAGCCAAAGUCGGGACUAGGAAGUGCGUGUGAACCCAUGACCCCCGUCCAUGCAUGCACCCAUGAAAGCCUCCAUGGGCGGCUCCAUCGGGUUCACGUUCAACUCCAGCAAUCAACACGCUCCAAACUGCCAAACCGACGCGCCUGGCGGGCUGCAGGGACCAGGUGGACACCUGCUCAGACUUUGGACCUGCAGAGGUGCUGAGAAACAUCUUCACCAAUGUGCUUUUUAGCACGGAUGGCUCAGAGGUUCUCAAGAAGGAGAAGAGGAUCUUCAUGCAUCAUUCACGGUCUUUUGUUGAGGCCUUUUGAUGGGUCACGUCUCCGUGUGGACUAGAAAGGGUGCACCCCCUCAGGGACUAACACACCCCUGCAGGUUUUUAUUGACCAAAGCACUGCAAGACCCCCUUUCAAAGCAGAUCCCUCUAUUUAAGCUAGACGCCUCAUUAGCGCCACAAACGUAGUCACCUCCACCCCCCCCCCCAUGUGUACCCCACAGUAUUAGUGUGUGUAUAAAUGUAUGAUGUAGGAUUAUACCAAACGUAUCAAUGUCAAUAUAUCCUAAUAUAUAGCCGCUACUAGCUAGCUACAGGACAUGAGUGUUCGCCACCAUCAUCAUCACUGGCUCCUCCACGCUCUCGUGGAAUUUGCAUAAAAACUUCCAAAGUUCUGAUAAGGAACUUUCCUAUUCCAGUAGAACCCCACGAACUUGAACAUGGUCCGCUCCAGGAUGGUAAAAAUACUAAUGAUGACAUCAUACCAAUAAAUCUGAUAACAGUCACAUCACUCCGAUAACUGAUACAGCGAUGCCUUGGUUAACAUCACAAAUCUGUUUCAGAAGGUCUGACUCAAACCAAAGCGGACAGCGAAAGUUGUAUAUGUACGAGAAAAAAAAUAGUAGUAUAAUUCAAAUAAAGUAAUACAUUUAUUGAAAGUCGGAAAUUUACAAGAAAAAUAGUCAAUAAUAAAAACAAUAAAGUCAAAUUCACACCCCCAAAAAAUUUAUUUCCGAAAAUAUAGUUGUACAUUUACAAGAAAAAAAAACUGUACAGGAAAAAAAAUACAAAAUAUUUAUUAUAUACAAGAAAAAAAUCACCACAAUAAAGUCAUAAAUUCACAGGAAAAAGUUAGUACGAUUAUGAAAAUGAAGUUGUAAAUUUCUAAGAAAAACUUGUAAUAAUGUGAGAAAAUAAGUCACACAUUUGCAAGAAAAAAAGCUGUGAAAAAAUAAAAU